GGUGGCGGUAAAGCUUCACUAAACAACAUGGCUGCACUCGAUAGGAAAACCAGGAACUAGCACUUUCAGCCCCUCCAUGCCAUGAGCAACAUGGAGCACACUGCCAGUGAAGCCCCUCAGAAAACAUUUAGCUGCCAGUUGUGUGAAUUAAGUAGCCCUUUUACUUACCACGGCCAGAAACCACCAAACACCAGAGCCAUUGUGUUGCUUGAGGAGUGCUUUGUGACCAGAGACCCCUUCAGUCCCGACAGGGAGAAGUUUCUUGUUUUGGGCUCCAACUGCAGCCUGUGCGGUAUGCGUGUCUGUGUUGGAUCGGACUGCAGUAUCUUCUACACCAAGAGGUUCUGCAUGCGGUGUGUGAACAAGCACCUGGACCAGUUCCCACAUCAGAUUCAGGCCGAGCUGGCCAAGAAGAAGCAGCAGAGCUCCAGGGCUGCCGUCUCGUGACAUCUGACCAGAGGUCCAUAACCUGCACAUCAGAGGAGAACUGUCUGAGUCCUCAUAAAGAGCCCCAAAUGUGGGACCAAGCUGCAGAAACACCCCAAUAUCCUGUAAUUUAUUAGCACAGCUCUGACUUAUUGUAACCUGGGUGGGGAAAUAAACACCAUGCAUUAUAAUAAUAAUAGUCUACACUAAUGGCCAGUUAAGUUAAACUGCCAUAUUGGCCUACAGGGUGUUAUUUCUGUAUUGUUUAUUUGUCUCUAUAGAGUUUUAUAGAAGCAAACAACAGGCGUGACCAGUGUUGCCAGACCCCCCGACUCACACUCAGAAUCAGACCUGCUGAUUUUGGAGCAGUAAAAAAAAUGUCUCCUAGUUUAAAAUCUAAUGUCAGGCACCGUAUAGCUGUUGCUCUUAAUUUUAAAUGUUAAAAAGAAAGCAGACUCUUCAAUGUGAUGCGUAUAUUUUAAGUUAUUGCAGCCCAGUUCAAAAACUGUUGUGGGCUUUUUUACACACUGUUCAACAUGGUUAUUUACUGUGCACGACUUGAAAGAAGUUGUGGAAGUAACAACAUUUCCCAGAUUCAGUCGCCAGUCAAAUUAAAAACCAGAUUAAUGUGUCCUCUGCCUUUUGAAAUGUAAGGAAACUAAUAAGUCAUACAAUUUCUCUUUGUAGUUCAUGAAUUAUGCCUGCAGCGCAAUCUUUUAAUGUGCCUUUAUUUUGUGAGAAGACACAUUUUUAUUGCUUUUUCUCCAACAUAUGCUGCU